AUGCAUGGGCCUGCAGUGAAAAAGGGGCAUUUGUACCAGUAUGAGAGUUCCUUUGUCCAUGCUAGCGGACCCAGUCACCCGCAUUCAUCAAAGAGUGCUCUAUUCUGUGUCACAGUAAGCGGAAUGCUAAAAAUGUUCUGGUCUCAGAACAACAACCGGAUGGAAGAAACCACAAUGGAACUUGAGAGCGUGAAUUCGCUGGAUGAGUUGGUUACGCAUGCCGCCCUUGCUUCAGAUAGGAGACAUCUGCUUGUCGCUGUUGCUACUUCAUCAAAGCAGCUGAGACUGCUCAAGAUAGAAAUCCAAUGGGGCGGUCCUGGGUCACAGCCAGAUAAGAAUCCUCUACCGCAGAACGCUCGGUUGAGCCCUUCGUUAGUUGAAAAGCAUCUUGCUGCUACAACGUGGCUGCAAACAGGCUCUAGAGAUGCUAGCAAUGACAUUUCCAUGGCCGAGCUAUCGCACUUGCAUGUUCUUCCUUCUAUCAUGGACAACACGGGCAAGAGCAUAGUCCCUCCGACGAUUGUAGCUAUUAGGACGCGUUCACCCACGCCUGGAUCUUACCAAGUAGCCCAGACAGUCAUUGACCGCUGGGAGGCAGUGUCUGAACCGCGACAGAACCUUCACCCUGCUUUUGAGCAGCUGGGGAAUCGAAAAAAUAGCGAUGCCACAGAACAGACGGCUCCUACUAGGCUGCGAAAGCUAGAGCCGAUUGUCCUCAACAAAAUGGUCAUCAAUUUUCAGUCGAUCCAGUUCGGAAAAGUUUUGGUAUUAACCAUGGCCGACGGUACCGUCGAGUACCGAGAUCGAUACACUUUUGAAGAAAUCUAUGCGACUGAGGAUACUGACAAAGUGAUGAAUUUGCGCCAAGUUGGUUGGACCUUUGGCGGAGAAGGUCCAUGCCAACAGGUCGCUUUUUCUCCAACUCAGUGUUCCAUGAUUCAGAUGUCAGAAGAUGGAAAAAUAAAGUGGUGCAAGCUACAAUACCCGCUCGGAGAUAUUGGCAACUCAAACCAAGACGCCCAUUAUGCGGCUUCAGUAGCAGGUCUGGCGGUAGCAACCUCAUCUGCCGUAUGGUAUCAGGCUAAUUACGAUGAUAUGCUUGCCAUCGUUGCACCCUAUACGUCGAAGAAGAGAUUUAUUCAAGACUGGAUCAACGAGAUGAUCAAGGUUCUGAAGAUCCAGGUCGACUACUCUGAAGAGCUCCACCAUGACUCGCUUAUGAGAAAUCUGCCGCUUCAAAACAUCUUGAGUAUUAUGAAUAGCUUGGGCUUCAAGGGGGAAAUGCAUGCCAGGUCAUUACAAGGCAAGUUUGCGAUGGUUUAUCUCAACGCACGUAAUGUGGUUGUCCUUAUCACUCUCGCAAGCAACAUGCCAGCGACGGCACGAGAGAAGAUGAGCCCUCUUGACGAACCUGAGGUUGUGGAAGCAUUAGCUGGCUGCACCAAGUGGUCCUUAGAUUUACUGUCAUGGCUAGUUGACUGCUUAUUCGCGUUGAUGAAUGACAGCGAGUUCAUGGCGAGGUUGGAGCCUAAGCGAUUUGGGGAGCUGGCGCCGUAUCUCCAUAAACGAAACGACAUUUCAUUGCAUCUCCUACUCUCGUCAUCCAGCAGAAGCUUCCUCCUGGCAAUAUGCCGCAGGAUCGCCCAUCUAGAGCAGUUGAGCAUAAAAGCCAAUGAAUUUUACCGCAGACAGCCACAGAUGGGGGUGGACCAAUCUGGUGCUCCCAAGCCAUUAAACCCUCAGCUUCAGCAAGCAUACCAGAAAAUGCAGCAAAUCACAUCGUCUUGCCUUAUAAAAGCCGGCGAAUUUGAAAAGCUGCUCAACAUUCUCGGCGCGGACGUGCGCCAGGCGUACCAAACGUUUCUCCCGACCUUUGUCAAGAACCAAACUGGAGCUCCUCAGGGGAAACAGAUUGACCUGGCUGUAAAGUCUGCACAAAUUCAAAUUGAGCUAAGCAUGCUCUUGGCGGCAUCACCACCGGCGGCACCUUUUUUGGUAGUCGUCAAGAAGCUCUUUACUAAGGAUUUGCCGGCCUUCAAAGCUCUCACGGAUCCUUCAAAGCUCUUCUUUGCAAACUACGACCUUCUCGGUGUCCAGGACGACAAAUCUCAGCUGCCGAGAAAAAUCUACAUCGAUAUAUUCAGAAAGGCGGAGAUGAAGCUUGGAGCUCAGCAGUGGAGGAGGUGUACUCGGUGCGCUUCCGUGAUGGAAGACGUGUUUGGAACUCGCCCUGGGUAUACUUUUGUCCUAGGACAGCAGCGUAGAUGUGCUUGUGGCGGUGUCUGGGCACUGUUACCGAAAGGAAAGCUACUUUUAUAA